CUCUCUCUGCCUGUCUUCUCCCUCCCUCAGGUAUGGUGCAACAACUCUCAGCUGCCCGCUGACCACCUUGUGGCAGGAUCCUUUGAGACUGCAGCCCGGCUCCUUCAUGACCAGGUCGGUGUGGUGAAUUUUGCCCCAUACAAGAGCCUUUUUCUUCAGGCCUUCGCCCGCGGUCGCUCGGUCUACCAGGCCCUACCCUGCCUUCCCACCAUGUACGGUUACCCGCAGCGCAACUGGAAGGAGGCAGGUCUGAAGAGCGGCCUUCCAGCGGUAGGCCUCAAACUGAGCGACCUGAUCCAGAGGCUGCAGGUGUGCUACCAGCUCACCACGGCAGGGAAGUUCGAGGAGGCCGUGGAGCGCUUCCGCCUCAUCCUUCUCAGCAUUCCCCUACUGGUGGUGGAUAACAAGCAAGAGAUCGCCGAGGCCCAGCAGCUGAUUACCAUUUGUCGGGAGUAUAUUCUGGGCCUGACGAUGGAGAUUGAGAGGAAGAGGUUGCCCAAGGACACUCUGGAGCAGCAGAAACGGAUCUGUGAGAUGGCAGCGUAUUUCACCCACUGCAGCCUCCAGCCUGUACACAUGAUCCUGGUCCUGAGGACAGCUGUCAAUCUCUUCUUCAAACUCAAGAACUUCAAGACGGCCGCCGCAUUCGCUGGCAGACUGCUCGAGCUGGGCCCCAAACCCGACGUCGGGCAGCAGACUCGCAAGAUCCUGGCAGCGUGUGAGAAGACCCCAAAUGAUGCCCAUCAUCUCAACUACGACAUGCAUAACCCCUUCGACAUUUGUGCCGCCUCAUACAAACCCAUCUACAGGGGGAAACCUGUCGAAAAAUGUCCUCUUAGUGGAGCCUGCUACAGUCCAGAGUUCAAGGGUCAAAUCUGCCGUGUGACUACGGUGAGUAACGAAUGACGUCACAUCCCUGAC